AGUCGCCAGCCCUUAUCUUUAACGUAAUGGGACAACACUGCCGCUGACGUGUCUGUAAAAAAUAUCGAAGCUGAAACAGGCGGUGCAGGCUAUUUAAGUGUUCUUUAUUUAAUAUACUAUAGCCCAUAAGUUGCGUUUCCCAACGCCCCACAAUAUAGGAUAAUGUUGAGAUUAUGCUUCAUGCUCCUAUGCGUCCUGUGCGCUGCAGCAACGACAUGGAGUGCGCGCACCGUCGACAGUCAUCUGGGCCCAAAGGAUCUAACCCGCCUGCAAAAAGUCUUUGUCGAUGGCCUAAGCUCCAACGACCUGCAGUCGAUUUUCUUUGCCAGCUUAAAUAUCGAAACUUCUGAUGCUGCGACAAAGCAAACGCUCUGUCAGAAAAUUGUGACGCUGCACGCCGAAUCCAAACUAAAUAACUUUGAGAAAGACUACUACCUGAUUGGGGCCAACAAAAAUCUGCGUUGUACGGCAAAACUCGCCGAAUCGCUGCUGUCAUCGGUAUAUAGCUCCUUGGAUGGAGAGUUGGGCACUACAACGGAGAUUUACUAUCGGAUAGCCACACACAAGGCGCUCGGCGUGGAGAUUAGUGAAGCGGCUCAGACGAAAAUUGUCAAGCGGCUGCAGGAGCUGUUGAAGAAGGAUGACACCUUGAGCGGUCUCGGCUAUUCCUUCAAUGCCGCAAUCCAACUGGGACCAAGCGCCAGUUUUGUGGCAAAUCGCAUUGAAGAUGCUGUUGUUCAGGCUGACGAAGUCGAUGGCAAACUGCUACAAUUCGAGGGUGGUUUGAGCAUUACGGCUUUGAUACUCAACGGCGUGUUUGGUGUGUCCAAGGCAUUAAAUAAGCCAGCACCUGUCACGGCCGAGCAGGCUGUUAAAUUUGCCAACUAUUUGCUGAGUCGUCGUUCUGUGCAGACUGCCAAAGGAGCGCAUGUGCUCAUCGAGGCGCUGAAAACAAUAAGUGGAACCGAGAAGAUAUCGCCCGUGUGUGUUCAGCUAAUUGGCAAUGGACAACUGGAUGCGCAGUCACCAACACUGAAUGUGGCCAUUGUCGAUUUGCUCGGCAAGCCACUGUCGCCUGCUGUGCAGAGUGUCAGUGCCAAGAUUAGUGUCAAGAAAGAUAACUCAGUGCUGUCAGAGAAGAUUCAGUUGGUUUCCAAAUCAUCUGACAAAACGACCUAUGCAGCUGACUUGAGCAGCCUUAAGCCAGGACGCGGCAUCUAUGUGGCUGAAUUGAAUGGCGAUGGUGUCUACAAGCAGAAAGUGCAAUUCAAGGUGCUAGGACGUGUCAAGGUGCAAUCUUUAGAGUUGGGCAUUGCCGAAUCAGAUGCUAGUGCUGCUACACGCAAGCAAAGCAUCAAUUUUCCCAACAAAUUGAAGGACACGCUAACCGCGGACAGUACGCAGAAGCUGCUGCUGAAGGCGCAGCUGGUCGAUGAGCGCGACAGUAAACCAAUCACCGUGCAUCAGGCAUUUGUGCGCCUGCACAACAAGAACACGGACAAGGAGAUUAUCUUCGUAGCGGAGCAAGACAGCAGUAAAGCCUACAAAUUCGAUAUGGAUGUGGGCAAUCAGGCCAAGAAUUUCAACUAUGAAAAUGGCCUGUACAACAUUUAUCUAACUGUCGGCGAUGCCUCGUUGUCCAACUCCUUCGAGUGGCUUUUGGCCGAUGUGCAGCUGAAAUUCAAUCAGCCCGAUGGAGAAAUCAAGGCCAGCGUUGUGAGUGGACCCCUGCCUGAGAUUGUGCAUCAGUUCCGUGUGCCCGAUAAGCGUCCGCCCCGCAUUGUCUCCGAUAUAUUCACUGGCCUGUGCAUAACGCCGCUCGUCCUGCUCUUUGUCUUCUGGGCCAAAUUGGGCAUAAAUGUGUCCAACUUCACACUGUCGCCCAGCACAAUAGGAUUCCAUUUGGGCUUCGGCGGCAUUCUGGCGCUAUUUUUCGUCUUCUGGCUGCAACUGAACAUGUUCCAAACGCUGCGCAUGCUUAUACCAAUCGCAGUAUUCACAUUCCUUUGCGGCAAUCGACUGCUGCGACGCCUCUAUGCACAGCGCACGGCCAAGACUUCGGUUGCUAGUACAUCGUAAGCAACACAUUUCGAUGGCUUUAGGGCUGUGCUCGAUUAGAUGAUCAAUUAGCCGCUGCUAAUUAGGGAAACGAUUAUAGUUAAUCUCUAUCUAAAAAACUAUAAUUAAAAAACCCAUCUUUAAUAAAGCGUUUAGUGUAAGCUCUAUUAAAACACAAAA